GUGGACUGUCCCGCAAAUUUUCUUCCUUCACAGUUCCUCUAGCCUUAGCAAACCCUUGUCUAUCGUUCUUGCACACUUGCAGGCACUAUCCACAGAAAGCAAAUUCUUCAGUAAAAUUCAAAACGAAAACAAAAACAAAAAUAUAGAAAACCCAAACAGAAGGAGAGCUGGGUUAGAGUACAGCAAUGCCACACGUGGUCCUCCAUCACCCACUCCUCACGCCCUGCCUUUCUCACCUUCCAUCAUCAUCAUCAACAUCAAGCUUUCCAAUUCGAACCCAGAAAUCAACGGCCUGGAUUCCCCAAAGAAAUCAUGCGGGUCUGCUCCGCUGGCAUCCCACCACCACCAUAAGGUGCAUGGCUAACCCUCGCAGAGUUGCAAUGGUGGCUAAGCAGAUAAGGAGGGAGCUUUCUGAUAUGCUCUUAACUGAUAAUGUCUUGCAGUACGCUAUUCUUCCUGAGGUCGCUUUGGGUGCUGACCGUUAUCUCUCUUCUUUGACCACCAUUAGUGAUGUUGAAGUUUCUACUGACUUGCAGGUGGUUAAAGUAUAUGUUUCUGUUUUCGGCGAUGAAAGAGGAAAGGAGGUUGCCCUUGCAGGGCUAAAGUCAAAAGCCAAAUAUGUCCGCGGUGAAUUGGGAAAGCGUAUGAAGCUUCGGUUGACUCCUGAGAUACGCUUCAUAGAAGAUGAGUCUUUAGAGAGAGGAAGCAGGGUGAUUGCAAUAUUAGAUAAGAUAAAGAAUGAAAAGAAAGAUCCCGACAUUCAAGAUGAGGAGCAAUUGGAAUCAUCCGAGGCACCUCAGGAUGACACAGAUUGGGAGGGUGAUGACCCUGAUGAAGACAUUAUAUACAUAAACUAGUUUCUUCCCCUACUUUCUUAACAUUUUGCUUGUUUGGAUUCAGGCAUGGCUUUGCUUGGCAGCAGGCAAACACCGUACGUCACAAUGCUAACCUGGACAGAAGAAACUCCUCGCAGUUGGAGCCAUCUUUUGAAUUACAAGCUUCAGCCAUGUCUCACAUUGUAAAAUUACCUAAAAUAUUUUUGUGCUUUUCUUCAGGUAUGCUUGUGAUUUGCUUUUUGUUUUGGCUAGUCGUAACACCAGAAGCAGGCCCUGUGUUAUUUAACUGUUAUAUAGUUCAAACCCCUGCACAAAAGUGACAAUGCACAUGAUGUGAAUGGAAUCAUCAUGUAAACACGUCUGCCUUUGGGAUUUUCUACUGUUUCUGCUCUACCACAAUCGCUUAUAUAUUGAUAACGGACACUAGUUAUUGAUGUUGGUAGUCACAAUCAGGCAAAGAAUGACUUUGAAGAA